GACUGUGGAAAACAAGCAUGUGGCCCAGUUGUUGCUCAGUACUGGUACCUGUCCAAGAUGUAUCUUCAGAUUCUGUGGUGUGGAUUUUCAUGCACCAUACAAACUUCCCUACAAGAUGAAGAAACUGAGGCACAGAGAGGUUAAGCAACCUGCCCAAAGUUACACAGCUAUUAAGUGAGCAAGCUAGGAUAUGAACUGUCUGUCUGAAUCCAAAGCCUAGAAUUUGGAGCUAGAAGACAUGGAUUUGAAUCCCAGUUUCACCACUUUCCAGCUUCAGUUUUCUUCUCUGUAAAUGGGCAUGAUGAUAACAUCCACCUCACAGGAUUUUAAGGGACAAUAUCUAAUAAAGAGUUGCUCAGUGAACUGCAAAAAUUUCUGGAAACUGCAAAAGAUGAAUUAAUUUCAGAAGUUCCAAACCCACCUCCCAAGAAAAUUCGACUACAAGAACUAGAAGAUGGGAUUGAUGGGAUGGAUAAUCUGAGUCAAAAUGGAGAGGGAAAGAUCUCGAUUAUUGAAGAUGGAAGCAUUGCUUCCAAGAACUCAAAUUUAAAUGUAUGCAAUGUAUGCCUAGGAAUUCUUCAAGACUUCUGUGAAAAAGAGUUCAUUAAAAAGGUGUGCCAAAAGGUUGAGGCCUCUGGGUUUGAAUUCACCAACUUGGUAUUGUCAAUCUCCUUCCCACCACAGCUAUCUGUAAGAGAGCAUGCUGCAUGGUUGCUGGUAAAACAGGAAAUGGGAAAGCAGAGUCUGUCGCUGGAAAGAAAUGAUACAGUUCAGCUAAAAGAAGCCUACAAAUGGAUAACUCACCCCCUGUUUUCAGAGGAACUGGGUGUUCCCAUUGAUGGAAAGAGCUUGUUUGAAGUGAGUGUGGUCUUUGCUCACCCAGAAACAGUUGAGGAUUGCCACUUCCUACGUGCGAUAUGCCCAGAUUGUUUCAAGCCAGCCAAAAACAAACAGUCAGUAUUCACUAGAAUGGCAGUUAUGAAAGCUUUGAAUAAGAUUAAAGAAGAGGAUUUCCGCAAGCAGUUUCCUUGUCCUCCAAACUCACCAAAGGCUGUAUGCAGUGUUGUUGAAAUUGAAUGUGCUCAUGGUGCUGUUUUUGUGGCUGGGAGAUAUAAUAAAUACUCCAGGAAUCUACCACAAACUCCUUGGAUAAUUGACGGAGAAAGGAAGCUGGACUCUUCAGUGGAAGAAUUAAUUUCAGACCAUCUUUUGACAGUGUUCAAAGCAGAGAGCUUUAAUUUUUCAUCCUCUGGGAGAGAAGAUGUAGAUGUGAGAACAUUAGGAAAUGGAAGGCCCUUUGCAAUUGAGCUGGUGAAUCCUCAUAGAGUACAUUUCACUUCACAAGAAAUUAAGGAACUUCAGCAGAAAAUUAAUAACUCGUCUAACAAAAUCCAAGUCCGUGACUUGCAGCUUGUCACAAGAGAGGCAAUAGGUCAUAUGAAAGAAGGUGAAGAAGAAAAGACCAAGACCUAUAGUGCCUUAAUAUGGACAAAUAAAGCAAUACAGAGGAAGGACAUUGAAUUCCUAGAUGACAUAAAGGACUUAAAGAUUGACCAGAAAACACCUUUACGGGUCCUUCACCGGAGGCCCCUGGCUGUGAGAACUCGCAUCAUUCACUCCAUGGAGACACACUAUGUGGAUGAGCACCAUUUCCGCCUCUACCUGAAGACUCAGGCAGGAACCUACAUUAAAGAGUUUGUACAUGGAGACUUUGGAAGAACGAAGCCGAACAUUUGCUCUCUGAUGGAUGUGACUGCAGACAUUCUUGAGCUGGAUGUUGAGUCUGUAGAUGUCGAUUGGCCGCCUGCUCUGGAUGACUAGCUUUCAAUGGGAAACAAAGAGUAGGGUUUUCCAGCAAAAUGUGGACGUCCAUUCAGCAUACACUGUAAGAUGGCUGUUUUUACCCACCAUAACGGUGUCUUGGAAACCAUUUGGAUCAUGUUGAUCUAUCUAUUUUUAAAUUUGUUGUAACAUCUCAGGAUCUAUGUACAUGUAUAUUUUGUGUUGAAUUGUCCUAA